UGUAGGAGGCGUGUGUUCAUGUUUGUGUGCGUGAGAGAGACAGGAGAACAGCGGGCUAGCCUCGGCGCCACGUGACGUCACGAGCUUCCCCGAAAGUCAAAACAAGCGUUGAUGCGGUAACGGCGCUUCCCCGCUUUGCUCGUCGGAAACCCGUCAAAAGGAAGAUUCCGCCCACGGGAUUUGGAUUGUAAAUAGCGCAAGGACAACCGGUAUAAAACGCUGCGUACUACUAUGAGCGGCAACUAAAGGGAAAUAAGAGCCGGGGCUCCGAGGAUCGCACCUGCUGCUUCAGGCUGAGUCACUGCCGGUGAGGAGAAAGGUCUGGAGAGGGAACAGGAGAGGAAGAGGAGGAGGUGGUGGCAGCAGAGGAGGACAAGAAGAAGUAAAAGAAGCGGAGCGGGAGAAAGAUAAAACACAACAGGAAGCACGACGACAGACACACACACAUCGAGUGUUUGUGUCGGCGAGUGAGAGAGACAGACCGCGUGAACGAGAGGGCGAACAGCAAAGGAAGGAAGGAAGGAAGGGAGGGAGAGUGACGCGAGGCUGGGAGAGCCGCCCCCCCUCCUCCUCCUCCACCACCUCCUCUCCUCUCCUCUCCUCUCCUCUCCUCCCCUCCCUCUCGCUCUCUGUGGAGCAGGCGUGUAGCGGCAACACACUCGGCGUGGAGGAACCAUGAGCGAUGUCACCGUCGUUAGAGAGGGAUGGCUUCAGAAACGGGACUCAGGCGGUGGCCUUGCCGGUCCACAUGUGCCGAAGGGAGGAUGUGAAUACAUAAAGAACUGGCGGCCACGUUACUUCCUGCUAAAGACGGACGGCUCUUUCAUCGGCUACAAGGAGAAACCUCAGGACGCCGACCUCCCCUACCCGCUGAAUAACUUCUCUGUAGCAAAAUGCCAGCUGAUGAAGACGGAGCGACCCAAGCCAAACACCUUCAUCAUACGCUGCCUGCAGUGGACCACCGUCAUUGAGAGGACCUUCCAUGUGGACUCACCUGAUGAGAGGGAUGAGUGGACAGAGGCCAUCCAGAUGGUCGCAGACAAGCUGCAGAGACAAGAGGAGGAGAGGAUCCAGUGUAGCCCCACCUCCAACAUUGACAACAUGGUGGAGGAGGAGAUGGACAUCUCCACCACACACCACAAACGCAAGGUUGUAACAAAUACAAUGAGCGACUUCGAUUACCUGAAGUUGUUAGGAAAAGGAACCUUUGGGAAAGUGAUUCUGGUCCGGGAGAAGGCCAGUGGGAAAUACUACGCCAUGAAGAUUCUGAAAAAAGAAGUUAUCAUCGCCAAGGAUGAAGUAGCGCACACCCUCACAGAAAGCCGAGUACUGAAAAACACCAGACACCCCUUUCUCACCUCAUUGAAGUAUUCAUUCCAGACAAAAGACCGCCUGUGUUUCGUCAUGGAGUACGUUAAUGGAGGAGAGCUGUUUUUCCAUUUGUCCAGAGAGCGGGUGUUCUCCGAGGACCGCACGCGCUUCUACGGCGCCGAGAUCGUGUCGGCCCUCGACUAUCUGCACUCAGCCAAGAUCGUGUACCGGGACCUCAAGCUCGAGAACCUGAUGCUGGAUAAAGACGGCCACAUCAAGAUUACAGACUUCGGCCUCUGCAAAGAAGGCAUCACGGACGCCGCCACCAUGAAGACUUUCUGCGGCACGCCAGAGUACCUUGCACCCGAGGUCCUGGAGGACAACGACUACGGCCGGGCGGUGGACUGGUGGGGUCUGGGAGUGGUGACGUACGAGAUGAUGUGCGGACGGCUGCCCUUCUACAACCAGGACCACGAGAAGCUGUUUGAGCUCAUCCUGAUGGAGGACAUCAAGUUCCCGCGCACCCUUUCAGCCGACGCCAAGUCGCUGCUGUCCGGCCUGCUCAUUAAAGACCCCAACAAAAGACUUGGUGGAGGACCAGAAGAUGCCAAGGAAAUAAUGAGACACACUUUCUUUGCUGGGGUGGACUGGCAGGAUGUGUACGACAAAAAGAUGGUUCCUCCCUUCAAGCCCCAGGUGACGUCAGAGACCGACACUAGGUAUUUUGACGAGGAGUUCACGGCACAAACCAUCACAGUGACGCCGCCUGAGAAAUUCGACGAGGACGGGAUGGACUGUCUGGACAACGAGAGACGGCCGCACUUCCCGCAGUUCUCCUACUCUGCCAGCGGGCGGGAAUGAACUUGUCCCCCAUGGUGACAUCAUCACAGCCGGUCUACGAGCUCAUCAGUGCGGGACGAGGACAGCACAGACCCUACACUUUCGGACUGAACAACCCCCUUUUGUCUCGGGGUCCUGGGGGGGGGGACAACCAUCCUAUUGGUUCAUGAACGGAGCUCAUUAAGGUACGAACGUCCGGUUAGCCGCGAGCGCCAACGCGGGAGGGGACUGCUGUGCUUUGACGCGUCUGCUCGGCCGUCCCGCUCCUGGCUUGUAGAGGCGGACUGCCACCGGCGGUUUUAUCUCAGGCUUCCUGCGCACGCCUCAAUCAUUCCGGGGUCCACCGAGAGGGUCCAGCAGGCCACACGUAGGCAGGAUUCCACUCAGGUUCCACUCGAUGCAAUCCAUUCUCCUCGUUGCUGCUAUUCCAACACCCACCACUAGGGACAGGAACACAACCAGCCCCCCCUUCUCCCCCCUGGCUUUUAACGCCAUCAAUAACAACGCCGACGCUAGCAACGCGUCGCCUGUGCUUGCUAAUGCGGAGCUGCGACACAUCAACAUGGAUUGAAAAGAAGAAAAAAAAAGAUGUCAUGUGUGCGUGUGAGGAGGUUGAAGGCAGCCAAUCAGAGCACAGCAGUCCCCUACAAGUCAGCAGUGACGUUCUCCAAUGUUGUCACCAGGGAAGCUUUACGGACCAUCCAUCAAGGUACUUCUUUAUUCUUGCACUCAUACUUUUUAUAUUUGACUUUUUUUAAUGCCAACACGCUUUGUUAGGGCUGAGAAACAAAACUAAAGAAUGUAGGAGGACAAAACGUGUCGCGUUCCCUCCGCCAAGGAAUUAUUUAUGAUUUAUUUAUUGUCAUCAGCUCGUCUUGUCCACUAGAGGGGGCCCACGAGCACAGGCCUCCACCAAGGUUACUUGAGUGGCCCCAGCUGGUGGCAAAGUGUGAUGAGAACCAUAGAACCAAAAUCGGAGCGACAAAAGCCUCCGUCCUGGCUGCUCAGUACAAUAUGGCUAAGUCAACAAUGAAUGUUUUAAUUCACUUUUAGCUCAACAUCGACCACACUGGACUCUUGCGUUUUAAUACACUUAUGCAAAUUAGCUUUACUGCGCACUCGUCCAGGCUGCGUGAAACCCAAGUCGAGAGUAAUAAUAUCGAGACGAUAUUUUGUUUGUACGUUACCUUCUUUUUACACUUGAAUGGAUGCUCAAUUGGGAAACGUUGCCUGUGACGGCUGCAGUUUGACACUGGAUUGGAUCAUUUUGUCAUUCCAGAAGCAGAAGACCGUGGUGUCAGUUGAGUUGAGGGGGGGGAUAGCGUGUGUUUGGCUUUGGAGCAGGGGCGUCAAACUCGUUUAGCUCAGGGGCCACAUGGAGGAAAAUCCAUUCCAAAGUAAAAUCCUGGCGUGAUAACUUAAAAAUAAAGACAAUUUCAGAUUGUUUUGUUUAAAAAUAGACCAAGUACAUUCUGAAAGUUUUCUAACUUCAUUAGUCGUAUUUUACUCACUGAAUGAAUGUUAUGUUCAUUGAGUCUUAACGUUCUAAAACGCUCCCAUCUAUCAGAACACGGCACCCCAUUGCUAAUGCGACACCUAGUGGACACAUUUAGAACAGCAGUUUAUGUCAACUCGUCUCGCGGGGCCCUACGUUUGACACCCCUGCUCUGUGCACUCCCGUGUCUGCACUUUUAUCCAGAUUUGCACCGACGCGUUAAUGUUACACACAGAAACCAGAUUGAGAUUUAUUUUUAUACUUUACCUGGGAUGUGGCCUUGGUGGAGGUCUUCGUUCUGUGCUCGUGUUACUUUUUGUGUUUUUUUUGUGAGGACCACAGCUGACUGGAGGCGCUGGAGACAGACGUGAAGGUUUGCUAAAACGAUGACAUGAUCAUGAUGCAUCAUUGCAGGCAGGAAGGUGAGCGGCAAGUAGAAAGUCCACUGAAGGUGUUAGGAAGGAAGGAAGGAAAGAAGGAAGCAAGUGAGGUCGGUGUUCAAACAUUCCAGGCAGGAAAGAAAAGACAAGAAGUUUCUGUCUUUAACGCGUCUUCCAGUAGCUUCUACAAAGUGCGUGAUUGUUUUCCAGUCGGACCACCAACAUGUCCCCCGUCGUCUUUUUUGUCUUCACACGCCAGGAAAGCCUUACGGUUUCACUCCAAAUAAGAAAAAAACAUUGAGAUUUUAUGGAGGAGGCAGUUUCAAGUACAGCUGGGGGAUGUGCUCUUAUUUCUUCUUAGACAAAUGUUAUUUAUUCUUCUUCUUCUUUGAAUGUCAUUGAUAACUUGAACUUCUUUUCCAAUUAAUUUAUUCUUUUGUUAGCACCUCCAGGUUGUGUUUGUGCGUUCAUUCUGCAGUCUGAGUUCUCACAGGCGUCUUUUAAAAAGAAAUGCAGCCUCUUUUUUUUGUUUGUUUUGUUGUUGUUCUGGACAGAUUUGUCACAUGACUUGUUUCUACUGCUGCUCUUUUACGUCCAUUAAACUAGCAAAAGUCCA